AAAUAUCAACUGCAGCCAGCUGACUUUGACAUUUUAAAAGAAAAUAUCAAGAAAAACACGCUUUGCAUUAUCCGUUCCAGCUGAUUUCGGUUUCGAAAAACAACGAAAAGGUUUUUUUAUUUGUUUUAAAAUGUUAGUGUAAAACAUAAAUAAAAUAUAAUGCAUAAAAUUUCCGGAUUCCCUGUCCAAAGAAUUCCUAAACCCAUUGGUGUGCAUACUAUAAAAACUAUCAUGCAGAAAGUAUUUGUGUACGGUACAUUAAAAAAGAACGAGCCCAACAACUAUUGGCUGCAAGACCCCAACAAUGGCAUUGGUAACUUCGUAGCGGACGGUUACACUAAGACCAAGUAUCCGCUAAUCAUUGCAACUAAAUACAAUAUACCGUUCCUCUUACACAGUCCUGGGAACGGGCAUUUUGUACAAGGUGAGAUAUAUGAUGUGGAUGAUAAAAUGCUGUCGAAACUAGACAUACUGGAGGAUCAUCCCAACUACUACGUACGAGAAAUUGAUGACAUUAUUGUAAAAAAUUCGUCAUCAAGCGAUCCUCAAAUAGAAAAAUGUUGGGUGUAUUUCCUGAAGAACUUCAAGCCAGAACUUCUGAAGCGGGAAUACUUUGACAAUUACAGUUCUCACGGGAGCCAUGGGCUGCAGUACAUGGACAGGUCUAAAAGAGAUCCCUCGUAUAACCAUAAGGGGGAAAUUAAGUCUGAUUCAAGGCAGUCAGUGUCAGAACCUGAGCCGUCCCGAACACCACCAUGAUAGGACAAAAAGCAACAACGAAUCUGUGGUCGAGGAUCUAGAUGACGACGUGUUUGCAAGCAACGUUAAUUAGUUUAAAGUUACGCGUCCACAGGCCCGCAUCGUACGCAUCGCACGCAACGGAUUUUAGUUUGUCUUGUAUAGAAACUCAUACAACUGCAUCCACUGAUCCGCAUCGUACGGACCGCAUCCUCGGCAAUGCCUACAUGCGAUGCGUACUGAUGACGUCAUACGGAAUGCGUGCGAUGCGUACGAUGCGGGCCUGUAAACGCUUACCUUUAUACGACGUAUUUUAAUAACUGCAUUUCCUAUAGAAUAGCACGAAAAUGGACCUUAUGAUGUGGGUACAAGGUUGUUAUUCAGUAAAUAAUUAUUGUAUCUUAUUUUUUUUCUAAGAUGGAUGGGAUCAAUGAGAUAGAAUACUGUUUAAGAAUAAUACAUAUUUGUUUAUAAUAAGUGAGAUUUUUAAAUAAGACAUUCCAAUGUUUAAUACAUAUGAUGAAUAUGAUGAUACAAGACUUGUUUAUUGUUAGUAUUCACUAACUUGUUGCCUAAGGUCCUGUUUGGAUUAUUAUUAUAAUAUACCUCAAAGUUCAAAGGUA